GGGAGAUGAUGGGGACAUUGCCCCCCCUCUGUCCACACCAUUCCGCUGCCACUGCUUUUUAUGCACUCAUCUCGCAAACUGACCGGAACAACGUCGUCAUUGUCCUGCAAACCCUCCAAUAAUUCGCAGAUCUAUUAUUUACAUGCAUCAAAAGCUGCUCAUAAUUUGGAUGGAUGGAUGGACAUUCAUCAUCAUAUUAACCAACGAGUAUUUAAGUACCGGCUUUUCUUCAACUUCACUUUACACGGAAUUUAGUCGUCUUUUUAAUUAAUUUCUCGUAAUUUGUGUAUUAGUUUGGUCUAAAAACGAUCCCUACUCCACCCACAAGGUUAUCCGUAUUCUAGCCUUUGCAAAACAUUCGACUACAUCUCCCGUCAUAGAAGUUCAAGAAUUUUCACUUCCGCUGGAAAAUAAAAUAUGGGUCAGCAAAAUAGCUCGAUGAGACCGCAGCUCUAUAAAAUCUGAUUAUUCUUUCCAAAAUACUGGAACGCGUCCCUCACUCCAGAAAAAUAUUACGCCUACUUUCUUACUUUUUGAACAAAAUCACACUUUCCAUUCCUCGCUGACCCUGACGCUUCGCUCAUUGUCGGAAGUAUUUUCACUUCCUUUGGAAAAUAUGGACCAACAAAACACCUCGAUGCAAUCAGCUCUACAAAAUCCGCUGAUUCUUUCCAAAAUCCUGGAACGCGUCCCUCGCUCCGGAAAAACAUUACGGCUCGUUUGUCACUUUUGGAACGAAAUCACACUUUCCCUUCCCACGCCAAAGGUGAUCAUUAGGCUUGGCUCAUUCUUGGAAGAUUGCGAUGCCAUUCAAUUCUUGUGUACGCAAAUGGAACCCAAACUUGGAAGAAGUAUACUUGCUCAUGCUACCUACUUAAUUGGUGGAUUACCUUGCUCCCUGGACACGAAAUUGCUCCACGUUUCCCGUCACUUUGGUCACUGCAUAGAAAACUUUUCUAUAGCCAUUAGCAAUCCAGACUUCCUCCCAGAAAUCCUCCAAAAUUCCUGCCCUCUUCUCAAAACACUUGAAAUUAAAUUCAAAUCGGAAAGAUUUGAAUCAAAAUCUGCAGAUUUACGCCCUUGCAUUCUGCACAACUUGAUCUCUAUCAAAAUAAUUGACGAUGAUUACAGAAGACACCCACAAUUCUUCAAGAUGACACAAUGGCUCCUUAAUUCUGCCCCAGCGCUGACACAUUUCUCCUACUCUGGCUGCCAGCCCCCAGAUUUAAGUCGGAAUAAGUUCAUCAAGCAUCUUAGAUUAGAAAUCCCCAUGAUUAAGAGAUCAAAUCUCUGGAGCGCUAAUUAUAUGCGCAAAGUCAACCUCCUCUUGGACCAAGUGAAGGAUACCGUGGAAGUUUUUUGGUUGUCGACUGACUAUCUCGACCUCACGAGUGACGUUGAGUUAAAAAUCCCUAAAAUGAAGAAGCUCAAAGUCUUCCAGAAUUGGAUGGUGGAUAUUUUUAGCGGUGGAGAUAAAAUGCAAGAUAUUUGCACGGCACGGAUUCCAACCUUGCAAACUUUACUGAUUGCUACAACGUCAGGAGCAUCUUUGGCCAAAUUAUUUCGCAAUAUAAUGCAAGAGAAGGAUUCCUUUAGCGGAGUGAAGGACCUGGAUGUGACGGAACUACGUUCUCCCAGAUUAAUUUCUGGAUUAAAAACACCCUUCCCAAAUUUGGAAAGGUUAAGAAUUUGUCUUUUCGAGGAGGAUGAACCUCCAUUUAUCCCGUUACAAGCUUAUCUAAAAGCGUGUGGUUCACUUGGAUUAAAACACUUGGAGAUGGAUCUAAGCUUGUAUUAUGGUGGCGGAAAUGUAUCCGAAUUUUUGCGAGAUUUUUCAAAUUGUGGGGAAUUGUUGGCAGGUCUCAAAACUCUGGUACUAAAAGUCAGUCAGUGUGACGAUGACUUGGACGAUGUCGAAAAUGGGAUGGCGGACAUGAAGCAGUGGCUUUUAAGAAUGAAGGGAUUGCAAGACGUACAUAUUUCGGGAGUCUAUUUCCGGAAAGAAACCUAGGAACGGAUUAAACCCUUCAUUCGCGAGAACAAGAUUCCAAUUGGGUUCAAGAAAACUUCGAAUUAUCUAAUGGCAAGUGCAUCGUUCCUCAGAAAUACUGGACCAAGGGGAGGCUAAAUGGCCGACCUCUCCAUAACGAAUUACAUAGGUCGGCCAUUUAGCCUCCCGAUAAUUCCCUUCCUCUACCUUUUCCAGCUUAAUCCGGCUUACUUAUAAUUAGUACAAUAAUUCUUCAUAAAAUUAAUUAAAGAACAAUAACAAUUCUAAUUUUUUACUCUCCAUAUCGAGUUGGAAAAUGGGGUCAACACGACCCUGGCGUCCAACCCCAAGGUGUCCCCUUAAUUUUCAUAUGCGGUGUCAUUUUAAAGAAAUUUCAUUGCAAACUCUACGCCUUCAGUAUUUUUGACCUCUGACCCCCCCCCCCCCGCAUGACUGUGAGGACGAGGUAAAAAGUCUGAAAAUACACACAAUUCUGGUGUCAUUUUAAAACAAAUUUUAAUCGCUUUCAUGCUGCUACUUCUUUAUCUUCGUUUACAACGGUUUAUUUCUCAACUAGUCCUAUUUGAAUUCUAUUUAUUUAUUAUGCCAACUUAAAAACGUGUACAAUGCGAAAAUGUUUUAAGGUUUUAUUUAAUGACGUGUAGCACGUUGCUGACUUAUUGUCACUAAUAAAAUAAUGAAUGAAUUAGGGAGUUCCUUAAUUGUAGUAAAGUACAUAUGCAUACUUUACGUAAGUACAUACAUACGUGGAAACUAAAUAUAAAGAAUUUGACUAAAUUUGUAAUUUAUGUACUUACCUCGUCUGUCUGUCUUUUUAAAUGUCAAUGUAUGCACAAGAAAGUGUAGAAUAAAGUAAAGUGACACAUUUUUGCAUUUA